AUGGCGGUAGAUAUUGUUGAUGCCGAAGGCCUCGACACUUCUGGUAUGGAAAAAAAGGGGGGUUGCCACGAGAUUGAAGUGGUGAGCAGCUGUCUGCAGUGUAUAAGAAUCGAAACGAAAAUAGAAGACAGCAGUCUCGACACCAAAGAACGACUUAAAGAUUUUGCGCGAAAUCCAUGGAUCGAACAUGAACCCUCCACAGCUCCCAGGCAUAAUUCUCUAGCAACUUCAAAUCAUACCAAAAUCGUGAUUAUCGGGGCAGGAUACGGUGGCCUGUUGUUUGCAGUCCGCCUUCUGCAAUCUGGAAUAUCACUGGAGGAUAUUUUGCUGGUUGAUGCAGCUAAUGGAUUCGGAGGUACAUGGUACUGGAAUCGCUAUCCUGGACUGCGAUGCGAUAUCGAAAGCUAUAUCUACAUGCCUUUGUUGGAGGAGACAGGCCACGUGCCUAGCCGAAAAUAUGUUUCAGGCGAGGAACUUCGUCAGCAUGCUGAUGCCAUCGCUCGACAGUGGCAACUGGACAAACGAACCCUCUUCAAUACAACAAUGAAGUCCCUCACAUGGGAUGACAAAACGCUCACUUGGACAGGACUUGGGACUACAACGACUUUUGAUCAGGAGGCAACGCGACCACUUGUUCUUUCGUCGGAAUUUGUCAUCGUGGCCACAGGUUCCUUGAGCAAACCUAAAAUUCCUGAACUCGCCGGUAUAGACGACUUCCAGGGUCACAUAUUCCACACAGCUCGCUGGAAUUACUCGGUGACUGGAGGGUCGCCCCAAGCACCUCAUCUAGAACGACUGAAGGAUAAGCGAGUUGGAAUAAUAGGAACAGGUGCUACUGCGGUCCAAGUGAUCCCAGAACUAGCGAAGUGGUCCAAGGAGGUGUAUGUAUUUCAGCGAACACCGUCAGAAGUCGGCAUCGAGCCAAAUCCAGCCACCGACCGGGAUUGGUGGGAAGAGCAUAUCCAGAAGCAGGGGCAUGGGUGGCAGAGACGACGUGCCGAGAAUUUCAAUUCGUUUCUUUCCAAUCCCACUCCCAAGACAGAUGAAAUUGACUUGGUGACCGAUGGGUGGACAAGAUUUCGUUCAUACGCCGCAACAAUUGGAGGAGAAUCGAAUGUAGAUCCCAAUUUUCUCACGCUCAUUAGGGAGUUGGAUAAAUCCAGGCAGGACGCCCUCCGCCAGAGUAUCCGUGACACUGUUCGUAAAGAUAACAUCGCUGAAGCACUGCUGCCAGUGCACCCCGGAUGGUGCAAGAGACCGUGCUUUCACGAUACUUACUUCCAGGUUUACAACUCUCCACAUGUUCAGCUCGUGGCCACUCGGGGCCAAGGCGUAACACGUCUGACUCGCGGGGGGGUUUUGCACGGGGACACGGAAAUCGAGCUAGAUCUCAUUGUACUAGCAACCGGAUAUGAUUCGAGCAACUUGUGCCCAUCUUUUCGUGCUAAUUUAGAGGUCAUCGGUCAGGACGGACGAUCAAUGGAACAAAAAUGGUCCAAUGGAGUUGCAACAUUGCACGGUGUAUUAACUCGAGGCUUUCCAAAUUUCUUCUUCCCAGGCCUAUCGCAGGCGGGUGUCACCGCAAACCAGGUAUAUAUGUUUGAACAGGCUGCUGCACAUGUAUCAUAUAUUAUCCAAAGUGCACUAGGCCGUGCGAAUAAAUCUGGCCGAAUUGCCGUGCAUCCCACGCAUGAAGGCGAGGAAGACUGGGCAACACGAACAGUGUUGAGCUCACAUGCUUUCGCAGCUGCGGGACAAUGUGGACGAGAAAGUUAUACUUUGUCAAGUAGUCAUGGCAGGAGCGAGACAGAGAAGAAACAGCUUGCUCGAAAGUCACCUUGGGGCGCAGGAAUGGCUCAAUAUGUCAAGAUCCUAGAGCAGUGGAGGGCUACUGGAGAUUUAGAAGGGUUGGAGUUCAUUCACGGUGACCAGAACUAA